AUGCUCAUAAAUAUAAGGCAGAAUGGGAAUAGAUUCCAGAAUUUUAAUCAUGGAUUCGACCUAGCAAUCAAGGGAUUACUUAUUUUAAAUGUUUGGCAUGUGGAAAAGACUAUACAUUGGAGGUAUGGCGGCGUAAAAAUCCUGAAUGCUGUAAAACAGCAGAAGGCUGUAAAAGAAAUGAAAUUUUUUAAACAGCAAAGUUCAACCGAAAAAACUGUAAAAUUGGCAGAAAUGAGAUUAGCUUCUUUCAUUGUUGAGCACAAUAUUGCUAUAACUGCAGUAGAUCAUUUGGUAUCUGUGAUCAAAAAUUUAAAUCUAGACGAAAAUUCUGUAAAAAAGAUAUCCUGUAAUAGGACCAAGUGCACUGCAUUAAUAAAUAAUGCAAUAGGUCAAACCAGUUUUAAAAUAUUGGUAGAUUUAUUAAAAAAUAAUAAAUUUUCAUUAUUAGUAGAUGAAUCUACCGAUCAUGUUGCAAUUAAAAAUUUAGCUAUCGUAGUACGUCUUAAUAUUAAUUUUAAUAUUACUGAUAAUUUUUUAGCGCUUUUGUCACAACUGCAGACGAUUAAUAUCGACCCUAUCAAGGCUAAACAAAAUCUAAAAAACUUUAAAAAUGUAAUGCAAACAAUUCGUUAUGGAAUGAAUAAAAUUAUUGACAAAAUAGACUCGGAGCUUUUAGAAACAGAAGAUGAACUUGUUCCUCAUAAAAGACGACGGUACCCUCGUUCCGAUCUAUCUGUUUUAACAAAUAGCAAAAUAGAAGCCUUGGAAGUUUGCGAUUCCAUUAUACAACAUAUUAGGACACGAUUCACUCUCACAGGACAUCUGAUAGCCACCGCAUUAUUCAUGAAAGAACAUUUUAUCGAAUACCAAAAAAACUUUCCUGAUCAAUUGCUUUCUGAUACAGUUAACGCAUAUCAUUUUCUAGAAAAAAAUCGUCUAAAAACAGAACUGCAAGUAUUUUACGAAAGAGAAGAGUUGCAAACCAUUUAUGAAGCCAUUCUUCUGUUAUCAUUAGUUUCGCAGGAAGAUAUGAAGUACACUUCUCAAGAAACUAUUAAAAUACUGAAAGUUUUAGUGACAACACAUAUGUCAGCAUCUGAAGCUGAAUAA